AUGAAAAAAGUUAAUUUUGUGGCACUUAAUACACUUCCUGAAACAGCCAUUGACAUUGAAAAUCACACUAAAGAAGUUCAGAUUGAAACUGGAUUGAAAUUAUAUCAACGAGCUCUUUCAUUUCAAUAUGCAAAAAAUUGGUCUGCUGCUGCUAAAGUUUACGAAGAACUUUUAAAUUUAGAUAUAUUAAAACCUAGUUUUAUUGAGGAAUUAUGCAAUGUCGCAAGUGAAAGAAUGACACGUUUAAUUUAUCUUGUAUAUAAAAAUCAUGGAUCUUUUAUCUUUGAUACCAUGGUUUCUUCUAAUUUUAAGGAUGAUCAUGGAUUAUUGAUGUUAUGCACUUGUUUGAAGAAUUAUUCAAUUGCUUUAAAAUAUGAUCAUGAUGAUUUGGCGCUAUGGAUGAAAGUUUCUAGAGUAUCUGAAGAUUUGGGUUUGAAUAGGAUUUUCCGUUUUUCGUUGGAAAGUAUUAUAUACAGUGAAAUAGGAUUAUUAAUAGACCGUGAAUAUUCUGUUGAUUGUACUUCAUAUGGGAAUAUUUUGUCUCCUGAAGUUUAUAAAUCAUUUAUAAAAUUAAAUUCUCUAUUACAUUCUAUCAAAGAUUUUAGUAGUUUAUUAAGGAUUCCUUGUUUUGAUAUGAAAAUAGCUUUUCAAGAAAAAAAGUUCAUUAAUUUAGCAAAAAUGGAUUUUUAUUUUCAAAAUAAUUUUUCUCUUAUAUUAAAAUUUCCAGAAAGAAGUAUUGAUUCUAUUACUACAAUGUUGACUUCCUUUCUUAUAAAUAGAUAUGAAAAAAGCGAUUUUGAGUUUUAUUCUCGUAUAGAAUUUAUAGAAAAUCAAAGGCAUAUUGAUAAAUGUUUAUCUGAAACAAAUGACACUGAAACUCACGGAUCACAAAUUAUUGUAACUUUACAGAAUGAUUUCGGAUUUUCCGAAAUGUUUCAAGAGUUGUCAGUUGAUGUCGAUAAUUCAAAAAUAUCUUUAGAACCUCAUUCUGAUAUUAAUAACAUUAAUGAUUCAGAACUAACACUUUCCAAAAUUAACUUGGAUAAUGAUAACAUUGAUUCAUUAAGAAAUUCAAAAAAAAGGCAUUUGAAUGAUGAAAAUUAUGAAAAGUCUCUUAGAGUUAGUAAACGAAUACGUGAUAAAGAUGGUAUGAAUUUGAAUCAUGAAGAAAAGGAUAUUUGUUUUGUUAAUUCUUUAAAUGAAAUUUUUAGUAAAGUUGAAAUGUAUUUUGGGGAAUAUUCUAAGUUUACUUUUUCUUCUACUGAUACUUUCGGAAAUGACGUAGCUGACAAACUCAGACAAAGUUUGUAUUGUGGUUUUUUAACUGAAGAUGUUGUAAAUGAUGUUAUUCAGGAAAAAAAUUUCUCUAUGUUUCCUAGAGUUUUUUACUUAGAUCUUUCUAAACAUUUAGAUAUUUCAGUUAAUAUUAAUGGAAAUGAAAAUUUAGCAGUUAUUGAUGAAUUCGAAUCUUUUAUCAAUAGUGAUAAAUAUUCAUUAGAGGAAAUUUCUUUAGAAUGGUUUAAAAGGUUUACUUUUUAUUCUUAUUCUGGUUUAGAUACAUUGUAUUUUCAGAAAAAAUGGUCCUCAAGACUUAGUAAUGCAAUUAUUGAGAUUGCAAUAAAUGUGGAAAUAGAAUGUUUAUGUUUUUUUAAAAAUGUUCUUAAGAAAAAAAUUUUUUGUGAUAGUUAUAUAAAUGAUGGUAUUACAAUACAAAUAGAAACAGGCAUUCUCCGAAUUUUGGAAUGGGCACAAACUAUUUUAGAGUUAUUUUUAAAUUAUUAUGUUAAGAAUGAGCGUAGUGAUUAUUUUGAAAAAACUGAAACGGAUGAUUUAAUAUUUCAAAAACAAAGAAUAUGUCGAUGGAAAUUACUUGUUAAUGACUUGAUGUUUGCAUAUGGAAUUUCAUUUGACAAUUUGCAAACAAAUAGUGAUAUGAUAAAUCUUUUACUUCGUUAUAAAUUUUGUAAUGCAAUUAUUCUUGAAUACUUUGGUGCAUUGCAUGAGUCAGUUAUAAAAGAAUAUCAAUAUAUUAAAGAUUAUAUGUUGCAACUUGGUGAUGUUUCUGUGAUUUAUUUUCCAAAUUGUGAGGUUAUUUCAGAAAUUUCUCUCUUCCGAAUUGAUCUGGAGAUAUCAAAAUUAAAGACUGUUGAUUUUUUUACUUCUGUUUUUGUGUCAUCUAGAUUAAUGGAAUAUAAUUUAGUUAUUGAAAAAUUGAGGCCUGUUUUACAAGGUUCUUCUAGACUGAAUAAAUUGUUUCACUUUAGUUUAGUGGAUGAAUUUUUAUUAAAAGCUCCUAUUGAUUUUAAGUUGCAACUUUGGAGUUUGCUGCAGAAUGCAUAUCAUAAUUUAUCUCAAGUUGAAGAUGCUUUAUGGUGUUGUUUAAAAGCUCUCUCCUCUAUAACUGCAUAUUUUGAUUCUUCAUUGUAUAAAAAUGCUAUGACGGAACAACAAAGAACUAUAUUUAUAUUAAAACGUUUGUUUUCUGCAUGUCAAUUGAUUUCGUAUGCUUUACAAUGUUUAAUCGAACAUGAUAAGAUACUUAGUUCUUUGAGUAACGAUAUCAUUUCAGAGUCACUUUCAUCUCUUUUGGUUAUUUUGCGUCUUCUUCUUAUUUUUUGUUUUUUUGAAGAUUUUAUAAUAGACAAUAAUUCAUGUGUUCCUAAGUUUUCAAGUAACGAAGCUUUCGAUAAUAAGCUUCAUAAUAUGCAAGUUCAAUCAUGGUGUUUUGCAUAUUGUUUAUAUAAAGAAAUUCUUUUGAGAAAAGAAACAGAUAAACGUUCUUUUUAUAUGGACAUAACAAAAUUUCUUUGUCUCAUACAUGAGGAGCUUGGAAUACGUGGAUAUUGUUCGUUAUCAGAUGGUGUGCUUUUACGAAUCCUUCAGACGGAGCUUUUAAAUUCAGGAUCCUUUUUUCUUACAUCUGAAAUUAUUCAGUGUUUGCAUUGUCGUUUUGGUUUGUCAUUCGGGACUGAAAGUUUUUAUCCAUUUGAUCAUUAUACAGAGCCUUCUAAUAUUGAUUAUUUUUCUGCUGAACAGAUUUUGCCCUUUAUUUUAUCUCUUAUAAAUCGGAGACGUUCAGGGCUUAUUCUUCCUAGAGCUGAUAUAAAAACUGCUUUGGAUAGAAUAUAUAAUGUAUUGGAAAAUAUACCUAAUUCUAAAGGUAUUGUUAUGCUGAGUUUAGUUCGGUUUAUUAAAAAAACAGUUUCUAAUGCAUUUAAUUUUACGCUUAUUGAUGCUUAUUUGUCUGAAAGUAUUCGUUUAAAUGAUAUUAUUGCAUGUCAGCAUGGUUUAUUGAAAAUUAAUACUAUGGAAAUUAAAAAUCUUAAUAAUAAUUCUGAAGCUUUUGCCUUAGCUUUGUCUGAUAUUAAUUUUAUACAAGCUGAGAUUCAUAUUAGCAUGUUUCGUUCAAGAGGAAAGACAACUUCAACUAGGGGUACUGAUGAUCUUGAAUUAGCAUUGAAAUAUUUAAUGGCUGAUUUGUCUUUAAACCCAUGGAGGAUGUCGUCAUGGCAUGCUCUUGGAUUGACUUUUGGUUGGUUGUCCGAUGAUGAAUUAGCUUGGAGUGCUGAGUAUAUAUAUAAUGAACAAAAAUCUAUUUCUGAGUUAAGAAAAAAAUCUCUUAAAGCAUAUAUGAUGGCUUUUAGUCUUUUUAUUUCUUCUUUUAAUAAUGAUAUGAAUGAUAAUCUUGUUUAUUCUUUUUCAAAUUUACAGUAUGACUUUGGAUUGCAGCUCUAUACAUCCGUUCAUCCUCCUCUUGAUAUGGAGCCUUUUAUUUCAAGAUAUCUACAAUUUUAUAAUGGUCCUGAUGGACUUUUGAAACGUGAAUUUAUAAACGAUAUUUCUUAUCAUAAAAUUAUUGAGCUAUCGAUGAAAUGCUUCUUAUUUGCUUCAAAGAAUAUGAGUGGUGAUUGGAAAUGUUUUUAUAUGUUAGGUAAAACAUUGGGGAAACUAAAACAUGAUCCUAAGCAAGUCCUUGAUCAAUAUCUUCGUGCCGUUAAAUUAGUGCCUCGGAAAACUGCUGUUUCUGGACAAGCUAUUAUUAUUGAACCUGAUUAUAAAUUGGUGUCAUCUAUUGUAAAAUACAUUGAAGGAGAUUAUAUUGAUUUAGAAACUGCUAUGAUGUAUCUUCGAGAAAUUGGGUAUAAUGAUGGUAUUUCCGAGUUAGAAACUCCUGCGAAAAAAGAUGAUAUCAUCGAAAUAUGUUUGAUUGUUUUAAAGCGAAUACGACUCGCUGAUAAAAAACAUUGGCAUCAUAGACCAGUUUUUAGGUGUGCAAAGAUUUUUGAAAGUCAAUUUAAAAUUCAAUCUGCUAAAGAUGAAUUGGAGAAUCUUUUUUCUAUAAGAACCUUUGGAAAAUCUGUUAUUAAUAUUUGGCGUCCUGACUUUGAACGUCCUGGGAGACAUUUUUAUUAUGCUAAAAAAUAUACGCUUUAUUUUAUUACACUUUUAGAUAAAACUAAUGAUAGAGAUGGUCUUAAACUUUUACUUAAAAGGCUUCGUAAAGCUUCUUCUUCUAUAUAUCAUCAUCGGUACGUAUGGGAAAAACUUUGUACCGUUUAUUUGGAUUUAUUACGACGUAAUGCAUCUAUUCCUGAAUGUCCUAAUAUUGUUUGGGAUAUUCCUUUGGUAAUUUUUAAUUUUGUUGCUACAAAAUUUGAAGAAUUAUUUUUGAGUAAUACUAUUUCUGAUACGUAUGGAAUUGAUAACAUUCGAGAUGUACUAGAAUUGAAAAAGAUAAAUAGCGGUUUAUUUAACGUUGAAAUAAUUGAUCAGUUCUUAAUAGAUAUAUAUUUUAAUAUCUAUUUAUCUUUUUCUAAGGAAAUUAGUAUUUUGGAUAAUUCUUUAAUUGAUUUAAAUAAUAUGUUUAAUAAAAGAGAAAAUAUAUCGAAUUAUUUGGAAGAGAGCAAUACUUAUGUUAAUAUAAAUAAAACAAAUAUUGCAUUUAGUGAUACAACUAACAAUUUAGAUAAGUCAGUUUUGGUUAAUAAUAAUAAUUUUGUUUUAGUUUCUCGAAAAGAUGUUCUCUCACGCCUUUCUUUUUUUUGCAAAAUAACUAAACAGAAUAAUUAA